AAGUUAUUUUUGCUGCUAGUUCUGACGUGAGCCAUGGGUACUCCUGGAGCACAUCCAAGCUGUGUAAAUGUCACUGUAUCCUCUCCUUGUUUUUUCCUUUUUUUUUUUUUAAACAUUUCAUUGCUUAUGUUCCUCUGUGCAUUCCACCAGCAUAGAAAUAGAGAACAUUUGGAGGACCCAGCCCAAGACUCCGCUUUCCAGAUCUGCAGCCCAUGGUUCCCUGCAGGAGCCAUGUGAGGGGCACCACACUGAGCCACUGAUGUCCCUCCAGCAGCACAGCAGUACAUGGUGCCAGUGUUUCACCGACAAGCCGUGCUCCCAGCUGGGAGGAGGACAGCCUCCAGCAGCCUGAGCAGAAGCUAUGAGAAAGGAGAAAGGAACGUUUGCGCUCUUCAUACUGCAGAAAAAGCAUCUUAACCUGAACUCUGCUCACAGGGAGGGUUAUGGCGAUCUCUUGGAGCAAACAUCAAGCUAAACCAGGACAACCUGUGUCUGGCUCACAUUUCUGCUGCUGUGCCUGGUAAAGCUGCAGUAACAGUUGUGUAAUCUGUGGAGGAGGGGGUGAUUCUGAGGUUAUUAACAUCCUGCGGCAAGGCAUCUCUUCAGCCUGAGGUUUUUGUGGAUGAAAAGUGAUACGUGAAACUGGAUGAAAUUAAGUUCUACAUCCGUUCAUUUGGGACACUGAUUAGUGGCAUAUGUGAAGAGGCAGAAGAUGCUGAAUUUCACAGAGAAUGCAACCGAAAAGUGCAUUAUUGAUCAUAAUAUUCACCAGACAUUGUCCCCUGUAGUGUACAUAUUUGUAUUCAUCGUAGGAUUCCCAGCUAACUGCCUUUCUCUAUACUACGGGUAUUUACAGAUCAAGGCUAAAAAUGAGUUGGGAAUCUACCUUUGCAAUCUGACCAUAGCAGACCUUUUUUACAUAUUUUCUUUGCCCUUCUGGAUCCAGUAUGUUUUACAGCAUGACAAUUGGACCUAUGAUGAACUGCUGUGCAAAAUCUGUGGCAUCCUCUUGUAUGAGAAUAUCUAUAUCAGUGUGGGCUUCCUCUGCUGCAUCUCCAUUGACCGCUAUCUGGCAGUAGUGCACCCUUUUCGGUUUCAUCAGUUUCGGACAAUGAAGGCUGCUAUGAUUGUGAGUGCCAUUAUUUGGACCAAAGAAGUAGUGACGUGCUCAUUUGUCUUUGUGCAUGGGGAGAUCAGUAUGGAUGCUGAGAGCCACGUGGUGUGCUUUGAGCAUUACCCCAUCAAAGAAUGGGAGCACAGUAUCAAUUACUACCGCUUCUCUGCUGGCUUCCUUUUCCCUUUCUUUCUGCUGGCCUUCUCUUACUGUGGCAUUUUACGAGUUGUCCACAGGAGUCAUGGCACUCAAAAGAAGAAGAAACUCCAAAUUAAACGUUUGGUUUCCAGCACUGUCUUCAUUUUUUUAGUUUGCUUUGGACCGUACCACAUCCUACUUGUAGUUCGCAGUGUGUUUGAGAGCAACUGCUCAUUUGCUAGUAAAAUAUUUAACAUUUACCAUACUUCUCUCCUGCUGACUACAUUUAACUGUGUUGCUGACCCAGUACUAUACUGUUUUUCCAGUGAAAGCACUUACUUGAACUUCAUCAAGAUGCGAGACUCUUGCUUAAGGCAUUUAGGAUGUCUAAGGACUGAGACAAAGGAAUCCUAUCAGCUGAAUGCUCCAGAAACUCCCAACAGGCCUCAACAAGAGCAUCAGCCAAGGUUAUUGCAAGAAUCACAGGGCGAUCCUGGAACAAAGGACUCUUCCUCAGCUAGGACAGGCCAUCUAUAGCAUUCAUCAAAAAGGGCACUUAUGUAAAAUCUUUCUUGUGUAACUGUUUGUAUCCACUGGAUUUAUCUGUGUAUUACGACUGUGUUUUACAUCCCAAAGUUACUCUCUGAAAUAACUCCUCCAGCAAGUUUCAAGGUGAGCAGAACCGUUGCAGGAGCCAACCUGCU